GAUGGAAAGAGGAAGUGUUCCUCCCCCUUGGUUUUGUUUUUGUAGACACUUAGGGUAGUUGGUCGACAGUCUCAAUGUAGAUUGUCAAAACAUAACUUCCAAAGAAGCCAGCGGCGUAGCAGUUUAAUCUUUAUUUAUUCGGAGUUUAAACCCGAGUCCCGUUGUGAGAGUGGGCUUGUAAGUAUCAUGGUUAAACCAGGGAAAAACAGCCAAACCACAGAGGGACCUGAUCUGACAAAAGGGGCAGAGAAGGUGAACAUACUGAGACAAUUCCAUCAAUAUGGUACCAUGAGUGAAAACUUAACAGGAGGCGCCUGCCCCACAUGUCGUGGCACCGGUCGAAUUCCCAGAGACCAUGCAGACCAGCUAGUUGCUGUAAUACCAUGUAAUGAUGUAAGGCUGAAACCCAGACGCACGAACCUGUACGUGUGUGUCUCCAUAGCUGUGUGUCUCUUUCUUUGCUGUCUGAUCCUCUUCUUCCUCUUUCCCCGGAGUGUCACCGUGACGCCGGUGUCUGUGCUGUCGGUCAUGGUCUACUUCACCCCAAAUACAGUAGAAAUGGAGGUCACCAAUCUCAUCAACAUCACCAACGAGAACUUUGUCCCAGUUCAGAUUGUCGAGUUUAACAUUCAGAGUCUGGUCUCUAAAGCUGUUGUUACUAAGACCAAGAUAACCAAUAUGACCGCCAUCCAGUCCCGCUCACAGAAAUCGUACACUAUUCAAAUUGACCUGCCUAUCACCGAUAAAGGCUUAAACGUGUACUGCAAGUCAAGCUCUUUCAAGAUUCACACUCUAUUUCUGGAGCUCCAAAUGACAAUGAAUAUUUCUUAUCUCUCUCACACGGAGCAGCUGUCCCUAGACACCUUUGAGUAUAUUGACUGUGGCACUAAUUCAACAAUCCCACAUCCUGUGAGAUGAUGAAAUGAAAAUGAAAAACACCCAAGUGGGAGUGUGAAAUAAUGAGGAUUCUGGCUGCAUUGCACCCUUAUCUCUUCUGUACUGGAUGAGUGUACAUGGUUGAUUUCUGAAUGAUAACUACUGUGAAAAUACAUAUUAUAUUAUGCAGUAUGUUGUUUUAGCAUUCCGUAGGACCUUUAUCCAUCACUACAAUAUUAUAAUUUAAAAAAUAUAGAUUCUUCGAAUACACAUAUCUUGAUGAAGCAUGAAUAUAUUUUGCUAUAUUUGUUUGAGAUCAGAUUGUAAAUUUGUAUUAUAGGCAAAUGCUCUCAAACAAGUACAAUUUCUUAAAUGCACAAUGUGAGAACAAUUUAUUUGUAUCUGAAGACAUGUACAUUUAUCAUUUCACAACGUUUUUGGAAACGGAUAUGCCAUAUAUUGUGUAAAGAGGAUGUUUAUCUCUGAUAAUCUUGUUUUUUCAUUUGCACUCUAUUAAACGUAUACAUUUUAAGGAA